CUUUGCAUCCCCCGGCCGAGGUCCGCAGCAGCUGGGCUUUGCCCCUCAAGGGUGACGCGAGCAGUGUUCACUGGGAGCCUUGACGUCUGGUAGCCUCUGCCCCUCCUGUCCCGGCCUGGCGCUGCCCAGCGCAACCGUGUGCCGUCAUGGAUCUGAAUUUAAACCGAACGGAUUAUUUACAGGUGGGAGUGACCUCUCAGAAGACUAUGAAGCUACUUCCUGCCUCAAGACAUAGAGCUACACAAAAGGUGGUUAUUGGAGAUCACGAUGGGGUAGUUCUGUGCUUUGGCAUGAAGAAAGGAGAAGCAGUGACAGUGUUCAAGACUUUACCGGGGCAGAAGAUUGCAAGACUGGAACUAGGAGGGGUUCUUAACACACCCCAGGAGAAAAUUUUUAUUGCUGCAGGAUCUGAGAUUAGAGGUUUCACAAAGAGAGGAAAACAGUUCCUCUCUUUUGAAACAAACCUCACUGAAAGCAUUAAAGCUAUGCACAUAUCUGGCUCAGACCUCUUUCUCAGUGCGAGUUACAUCUAUAACCAUUAUUGUGACUGCAAAGACCAACAUUAUUACCUUUCUGGGGACAAAAUCAAUGAUGUCAUCUGCCUGCCAGUGGAAAGAUUGCCUCGCAUGACACCGGUCUUGGCCUGCCAGGACAGAGUUCUCAGAGUUUUACAGGGGUCUGAUGUGAUGUAUGAAGUUGAAGUGCCUGGCCCUCCUACUGUUUUAGCACUGCACAAUGGAAAUGGCGGUGAUUCUGGAGAAGACCUUUUGUUUGGAACAUCAGAUGGAAGACUUGGGCUUAUUCAGAUCACUACAUCCAAACCAAUACAUAAAUGGGAAAUUCGAAAUGAGAAGACGAGGGGAGGUAUUUUGUGUGUUGACAGCUUUGACAUUGUGGGUGAUGGGGUUAAAGAUUUACUUGUUGGGAGAGAUGAUGGAAUGGUGGAAGUGUAUAGUUUUGAUAAUGCAAAUGAACCUGUUCUACGAUUUGACCAGGCUUUGUCUGAAAGUGUCACAUCUAUCCAGGGUGGUUGUGUAGGGAAAGAUGGCUAUGAUGAAAUCGUGGUAUCCACAUAUUCAGGCUGGGUCACAGGUCUGACAACAGAGCCUGUUCAUAAGGAAAGUGGACCAGGAGAAGAACUGAAAAUUAAUCAGGAGAUGCAGAAUAAAAUUUCUUCUUUACGGAGUGAGUUGGAACAUCUGCAGUUUAAGGUACUACAGGAAAGAGAGAAAUAUCAGCAGUCUUCUCAGUCGAGCAAAGCGAAAUCAGCAGUACCUUCAUUUAGUGUAAAUGACAAAUUUACCUUAAAUAAAGAUGAUGCCAGCUACAGCCUUAUCUUAGAGGUGCAGACAGCAAUAGAUAAUGUCUUAAUACAGAGUGAUGUUCCAAUAGAUUUACUUGAUGUGGAUAAAAAUUCUGCUGUUGUCAGCUUUAGCAGCUGUGAUUCUGAGUCAAAUGACAACUUUCUUCUCGCCACUUAUCGGUGCCAGGCAAAUACCACAAGGCUGGAACUCAAGAUUCGCUCAAUCGAAGGCCAGUAUGGCACACUUCAAGCAUAUGUGACUCCAAGAAUUCAACCCAAAACCUGUCAGGUCCGCCAGUACCUUAUCAAACCCCUUUCACUCCAUCAAAGAACUCACUUUAUUGAUCAUGACAGACCCAUGAAUACACUGACUUUAACAGGCCAUUUCAGUUUUGCUGAAGUUCACUCCUGGGUGGUUUUUUGCCUGCCUGAGGUUCCCGAAAAACCUCCAGCAGGAGAAUGUGUGACAUUCUACUUUCAGAACACCUUCCUGGAUACACAACUUGAAAGCACCUACAGAAAAGGAGAAGGAGUUUUUAAAUCUGACAACAUUUCUGCUAUAUCCAUCCUAAAAGAUGUGCUGUCUAAAGAAGCUACAAAAAGGAAAAUUAACCUCAACAUAUCAUACGAAAUAAAUGAAGUCUCAGUCAAGCACACUUUAAAGCUAAUCCACCCAAAGCUGGAGUACCAGCUGCUUUUGGCUAAGAAAGUGCAGUUAAUUGAUGCUUUAAAAGAAUUGCAGGUUCAUGAGGGAAAUACAAACUUUCUGAUACCAGAAUAUCGCUGUAUUCUAGAAGAGGCAGAUCAUCUCCAGGAAGAAUACAAAAAGCAACCUGCACAUCUUGAAAGACUCUAUGGCAUGAUCACUGAUCUUUUCAUAGAUAAGUUCAAAUUCAAAGGCACCAAUGUAAAAACCAAAGUACCUCUUUUACUGGAGAUUCUGGACAGUUAUGACCAAAAUGCCUUAAUUGCUUUCUUUGAUGCUGCAUGAAAUGUA